GCAUCUAACACUACCUUUGUAAAUCGAUAUUUUGUUUGUGUACCAUCCCGGAGAUCCUUGGGUAGUGACCUGGGCCUUUAUUCUCUCAUGGCAUCCGAAAGCACAGAAUCUGCCGUUUCUAUCCUCCAACAACGAUGCUGUUUACUGGAGAACAAGAUCAAAUGCUUCAACUUAAUCAGCAGGGCCCUUCAAAUGAAAAUUGACCAGUUACUGGAUCUUAUCGAAAGACAAGAAGAUUAUUGUGGCCUGCUGACUAAAGAACACGAAGAGGCAUUCAACGAUAGGAACUGUGUACAAGCUGUGAUUGAAAAAUAUGUUCGAGAAUUGGAUGAACUCCAGUCCCGCAUCCAAUCGCUAGACACUUCGAAACUCACCCAAGCAGCAGGUGUCAUCAACGUUACCGGUGGCACCAGUAGUCCGCAAGUCGCACACUCCCCCGGAUGUCAAACUGAGUCAGGAAACAAGCUACGUUUAAGAGCCCAUUUGCCUCAUAGCCAAUUCACUCUGGUUGAAGUGAGGCCUGGACAACAAGUGCAGCAUGCAUUGGGCAAGAAAUUAUCCCACCGUGGUUUACAGACGCAGAACCUUAUUGUCUAUCGUGCCCAAACAGGCUUACCUGUCUCUUGGGAGGAUGAUGCGGUACAAUUGGCUCUAAGCGGAGAUGAACUUGUUGUGGAUUUCUGUCGAAGUGUCAAGCACUCGGAACAUCAAUGGCAACGCAAGACCUUUUUCGACAAGCCCCAUUGUAACGUGUGCCAGAAGUACAUUUUCCACGGUCUCAUUUGCAAAUCCUGUGGGUGCAUGUUCCAUCAACGUUGCUUACCUCGGGUGGAUGUGGCUUGCAUGCCUAUUUAUGAAGAUGACGUUUUCUAUGUUAACGAACUACAAUGGAAAGGAUCUUAUGGUGGCCAGUCCACAAAUUUCUUCGCUCCCGCAUCGAAUUGGCUCACUCCGACCCCAUACGACAGUCUUUUCCUCAGUGGGUCCAAACGGUAUCGAGUCAACCCAGGUGACGCAACGAUGCGGUUGCAUGGUGGUGGUAGCGGUGCUGGCGUCAGGCUCAAUUUACCCGCGGGGUUCGCUUCUCCCAACACCCUUCAACCUCGUCAGUACUUGACACUGGCCGCUCGGGAACGAUCGUCUUCCACUCCAAACGUGUCAGACAAUAUGAUAUCGCCGCAUAACGGAAGCGCGUUUCCUCCCAACUUUAUCAGAAAGGAUUCUAACAUUUACCCCCACUGUAUGGGCACAUGUGGUACCCCUAACCAUACACGCGCCUUUGGUGAGAAUUCCCCCUCCUGUGUCAUGUGCACUAACGGUUGCUGCGCCCAUGGCUCCUCCACUGGGGCGGACUGUAACACACUGCCCGAUGGUGGUGUUGGAGGUGCACCUCCGCCUCCUGUGUGUGACGGAGACGGCUCGAAGUGCCAUUCACGCUACCGUGCACUACGCCGUGAUUCCAACGAGGAAUGGGAGAUUCCCAGCACAGAGAUCACCAAGGGGAUUCGGAUCGGAUCGGGCUCAUUCGGGACGGUUUUCAAAGGCUAUUGGCAUGGGAACGUUGCCAUCAAAGAGCUCAAUGUCACCAAUCCGACUCCUCAACAGUUGAAAGCGUUCAAAAAUGAGGUGAACGUUCUCAGAAAAACCCGUCAUGUCAACAUCCUUCUCUUUAUGGGUUGUGUGUCCAAACCGUGUCUUGCCAUCAUAACUCAAUGGUGCGAGGGUUCCAGUUUGUACAAACAUUUACAUGUCCUGGAACGUCGAUUCGAUAUGCCCGAAUUGGUGGACAUCUCACGACAGACCUCUCAAGGCAUGGACUAUUUGCACGCAAAAAGCAUUAUCCAUCGAGAUUUGAAGUCAAGCAACAUAUUCCUCCAUGAACGCACUGUCAAAAUAGGUGACUUUGGUCUGGCCACUGUGAAAAGCCGUUGGUGGAACACAGGAUUUCAGCAACCUACAGGCUCUAUAUUUUGGAUGGCACCGGAGGUCAUUCGAAUGCAGGGCGAUACUCCGUACACAAAUCUCUCGGAUGUGUACGCCUUUGGUAUCGUCCUGUACGAAUUGAUAACCGGCCAGUUACCGUAUACCCGUCACAACAAUCGAGACCAGAUCCUCUUUUUGGUCGGUCGUGGUCUCCUCAAGCCGGACUUCUCUGAAGCUCGGCCGGACGCAUCACCGCAGCUGCGACGCCUUGCGAUGGACUGUUGCAGUUUUGAACGUGACGAUAGACCUCCUUUCUCCCAAAUCCACCAGCGUUUGGACAGCUUAUACCAAUCCAUGCCUAAGUUGCAUCGAUGUCUCUCUGAACCAAGUGUUGGUGUUGGUCGGUUCGAACGCAUAGAUACACAUGAAUUGACCGCCUGUUUGAACAUGUCUCCAAAGACCCCCCUAAAUUCUGCGUUAGAGGACAAUCUGUUUUUCUUCUCCAACCACGAUCAAGCGGUCUCCGGCAUGAGCAACUGUCCGGACGACGGUCGCAUCGGAUUCAAUGAAGUACCACCCCCGGAGACUGUAUCAGAUGUUGCUUGAUUUCUUGUACCGCACUGCUUGUUCCUUACCUCUUCAUCACAUUUCCCAUCGCUGUCUGUGAUCUGAUCAUUAUUAUUAUUAUUGUAUUUCCACACCUCUUUUUUGCUACUUCAAAUAAUCUACAUUA